AUGAAACCGAAUGAAAAGAAAAGAAAGAAAAAUACAUAUGAAAUUAUCAACAAACUUACCUUAAGUUUCAAAGAUUAAACAACUGAGGAAAAUUUUUGUAGUUAGAAAACUUCCAACAAGCUGCGGAUUGCUUUAAUAGAUUAAAUAUGGAUGUCUCUUGUUUAUAGUUUAUAAGCAGUUGUUUUGCUUGUUCACAAAAAAAAUUAGUUUGCAAUAAUAUACUUUUGCGCUACUGUCUACUUAAAUGUUAUCAGUUUUAUAGGAAGAAAGUUUACAAAAUAUUUACAAGCAUCCAUUUUAGUACACCUAAUUACUCAAAUGAUAGUUUUUACAGAGUUAAUUAUUCCUUAUAUGAAGGACUUGGAUCCAACUUCAGUGAAUAUGGCCAUGAUAGUUGUUUAUGUAAGACAUUCGUAUUUCCUCUCAAUUAUGGAUAGUUGGGGUUUUAGAUUCUUUUCCUUACUACUAUGGAUGUAUUAUCCAAUCCGAAAUAUAAAUUUAUCUGAUUAUGAGUAUUAAAUAGGCUUUGUUUUAUUCUUUUUACAAAUGUUAUUCAUCUACUAUUAUGAUAAUAAAUCAGAAAGAAUUUGGUUUUUAAAUCAAUCCUCCAUCAAGGAAGAUCUCUAAUUCUGGAAAACACUCUUUAAGAAGAAUUUGCAAAGUGUUGUAUUUGUGAUUAGCAUAUAAAAAUUUAAUGAGGUAAAAGUUGAAUUUUGUAACGAUUAAGGAUUAAAAGACUUUCGUGCUAAAAGUAAAAGUGAUUUCGAACUAAAGAUCUUGAAUGAUUUUCAUAUUAAUCUGUUUGAAAAUCGUUAAUAUUAGCUAUUUAAAGAUUUCCUUUAUUCCAAGUACAACAGACAGCAAAGUCUGAGUCCUUCCCCAAAAACAGAUACAGGAAACUAAAGGAUUAUCAGUAAUUAAGUAAAAUCUAAUAAUUUAAUAAGUAACUUGCAGAAUGAAAUACUAGAAGGGAUUGAAAAUAAAAAAAACAAUUCAAAUAUAGCUGUUGAAUUAUAACAAGAAUUUAGACUAGAUGAGCACAUUUAUAUGAACAGCUUUUACAUAGACCCCAAAACAUCUAACAAAUUAUAUUACGAUGUGAAGCUUGUGAACUGUCAAUGGAAAAAUUAAUUUGCAAUUAUGGCAUUUUUGACAAAUGUUCCUUAAAAUAAUCUCGUCAAUCGCUUACAAAAAAUUAAUCAAUAUAAAGAUGAGUUAUUGGCUACUGUAUCUCACGAUCUAAAAACACCUCUCAAUGCAAUGAUUUAAGUAGUCUAGACUGCAAUGAGUUAAUGCAAUAAUGAGGUCUACAAUAAUUAUUUUGAUAUCAUUGAUAAAAAUAGUAAGCUACUUCUUAACAUCAUAAAUGAUAUCUUAGAUUAUAGCCAAAUUAUGAAGGGAAAAUUAAGAUUAACCCACUAAAUAUUCAGUAUAAAAUAAGUAAUUCAAGAGGUUCAUGACUUACUUAAGUAUUAAUUCUAAGACAAAGGAAUAGAUUUUUUAAUUGAUAUUGAAUAGGAUAUCUAAGUGUAAAAUGAUCAAAAUCGAUUAAAGUAGAUACUAAAUAAUAUUAUAGGUAAUGCUCUAAAAUUCACUUUUAAAGGAUAUGUAAAAGUGUAGGUUAUUUCUCUUCCAGAAAAUCAAUCAAUAUAAAUAAGUGUAGAAGACAGUGGUACAGGUAUUGAAGCUUCACUUCAGCCUAAACUAUUUUAACUAUACUCCACUUUCGAUCACAAUAAAGGAAGCAAUAAGCACGGUGUAGGCUUAGGUCUCGCAAUUUGUAAAAAACUUGUUCAAUUAAUGGGCCCUUAAGAUUCUAUAUAAUUGAUUUCAGAAAAAGGGAAGGGAAGUAAAUUUAUCUUUGAAAUCUACUAAAGCUUAGAUAUCCAAAAAGCGAAUUAAAAAACUAAAAGCGCUUUACUAGAAUCUAGAAGAUCACUAGAUAACAGUAGUUUAAUAUACUCACCUGAAUAUAAGAAACAAAAUACUCUUCACCUAUUUCACUAAUCUGCUUCUAUCAUAAAUAAUAACAACAGUAAUAAUCAAGAUUUAAUCUAAUCAUUUCUUUUAAACCAAUAGUAAUAAUUACCAAUUCUUGCUUUAUAAUAAUAAUCUAUUUCUAAAUUAAAUUCUGCAAUUUAAUAAAAUUCAUCUUAUUCUAAUAUAAAUUCUAAUACCAAUUUUACUUCCGUCAAGUCUCACAACAUGAUUGCACCAACAACCAACAAUAGUUAGUUUACAAAUAUAUUUGGUAUAAGUGCUCCAAGUCUCACAGGUUACUUCCCAAUGUCUCAUCGCCAAAAUAUUCUUAAUGGCAUAAUUGAGAAUAAUGAAGAGGGUAAUAAUAUUGAGUCAGAUUCAUGUCUUCCUAUUAAUAAAAAAAUUAAUUAAGAGGAUACAAAUAACAAUUCAGGCCAAUAACAGGCUACUAAUUCUAAUCUUAGUCGUACCCCAGUCCAUAAUCGUUUAGCGCAAGAUAAUAUGAAUGCAAAAUUUAAAAUUCUUACUUACAAUGAUAUAGAAGACGAAUAAUCAUAAUCCCGAAGUAUAGAAAAUUAGUAGUAAUAAUAAUAAUAAUAAUAAUAAUAGCAACAACAAAAGAUAAGAUAAUAUUCACUGUCAAAAAGCUAUGAAAGUGAUAAACAUACUUUAUCAAAAAAAGAGAUAAAUUCUUAGAUACUUAAGAGCAAUGCUGGAAUUGAAUUUAAUACUCCUAAGAAAAAAACAGAAAAGAAGAUGAAGGACUAAUAUCUACCAAAAAGUUUGGCAAACAUUGAAGAAAAUGAUGUUUCUCCUCAUUUCCCGUCAACAAACUAAAAUUCUUUAGUUGAAAGUUAGGAUUUAAUUGAGUUUAAAAGAGAUGACGACUUCAAUGAUUUGAGAGGUCAUACCUAAACCAAUUACACUUUCAUCGAAUAAAAGAAAUUUCAUAUAUUAGAAAAUUAUUUAAAAAACAAACUUAAAAGAAUACUAAUUGUUGACGACACUCCCUUCAAUAUUCGAGCACUCAAAAUAGUCUUAGAUAAUAUCAUCUCGUCUUCAAAAGUAGAAAUUCUCCAAGCAUUUAACGGAUAGCAAUCACUUGAGGUCCUAAAUAAUUGUCUAGAAGAAGAAAAAUAAGUAGAUUUAAUAUUUAUGGAUAUAAAUAUGCCUGUGAUGGAUGGAUAUGAAGCAACUAAGAAAAUAAGAGAAAUAAAGGAUUUUGAUAAUACUAAAAUUAUAUUUGCUACAGCUUAUUCUGAAUAUUCAGAUCUCUGCAAAUAAAAUAAAACAGGAGGUGAUGGAUACCUUCAAAAACCAAUCCACCGAUAAGAUGUCUUAAGAAUUUUAAAAGAUUUAUCACUUCAGUCAUUUAAUUAAAACAAUUAGGAAAUUUGA